AAAGUUAUUGAGGAAGCAGCUGGAAAUAACCCUGAAAAUAAGUUGAUGGAGUCUGCAGCGCUAGCACCUUCCCUUAAAAAUAUUGCACCCCAGCAAGAAUACUUAUUGCAAGUAAUUAAUUGUUAUUUUUUAAUGAAAUUUCCUACCUAUAGCAGGUAAUAAACUUAUAAAUAAUAACAAAUUUUCAAUAGUGCUUAAACUUUCAAGUUGCUUUACAAUUUGGCAUGUGUCAUUUGAGACCAAAUCUUGAAAUGAAAUAUCUUAGCUAUAAAUGGUUAUUUUUAGAAACAAAUCUGAGCCAAAGAGCACGAACAAUAAUAAGGUUGACUAAUGAAAUAUUCAUAGCAAAUCAAUGCCUUCAAAAAUGUUUGUGAGCGAGAUAAGAUUAGUCAAUGUCAUUUGAGGUUUACAAUCACAUAAGUUUUACUUAAACUGUUUAUGUUCUGUACAUUUGUUAAAGUUACUAAUGUUAACAGCAUAAAUUGUUUUGCUUUUUCAUUUUACUGACCAUAAUAUAGGUAAUCUAUCAUGUAUUUAAUCAAUUGUAAUUUGUUUUGACUAGGGCAGCAUACUUGACACACACAGAGAUGUUUUGCUACAUCGAUUGCGAGGACUCUGUGACAAUGCUGAGAGUAGCUUUGAAAUAUUCACAGAUUAUGAAGCUGUGUACAUGCUGAGUAAGAAAACAGUUAGUGUUCAUCUUAAUUGUAAUAAUUAAUUAAACAUUUAAUGGUACAUAGUUUUCUGGAUAUGAUUUAACAAAAAUUUUGAACUCAACAUUCAUUUAUAGCUCACAGUAUUUGGAAACUGUAGUUGUAACUUGUAUAUUCACAAACUUUAUCGUAUUUAACAGGAAACUCCACCCCCACUCAACAGAGUCAAUAUGUUUUAUUCAGAGUUCGGCAUGCUCUUGAUGACCCAGAAGCACCAGAGUAAGAUUAUAAUUUUGUUUAAAAGAAGAGUGAAUCAAAAAAUAUUUCGAUUGUGAGUUUUUUUGUAGAUGUAUUCUUUUCUUAAAGCUUCAAUAUUUUUUUGUGUGGAUAUUUUAAUUCACAUUUUUAGUUUUCUCUAUUUUUGUUUACAAAGUUUAAUUUAUUUCCACAUUGUAUCGAUAAUGAGUCAAAACAUUUUACAAAACACUCUAUCAAGACAGUCAGGCAGAGCUGUAUGAUUAUGUACUAAUCAAAAUUAAAUUAAUGCAGAUUCUGAGUAAUCCAAUCUGUUGUCACCUGUUACAGCCACAUCCGCUACCUGGGUCAAGCUGAGUUGGGAGAAAGGGGGCGACCCACACUAGUCAGGGCUUGUCUAGAUGUAGCCUGCUCCAACAAUGUCAAGGAAUUUCUCUAUGAAAUGGGCUUCAGGUCAGUUUCUAGUAGCGUUCAUCUGGUGCUGAUGUUAACGGCCAGCACACCAUUUUUAGGAAGCUUUAGGCAGGAUCCAUACUUAAAUCAUUGCAACCCAUCCUUCAAAUGUACAUAAAAAAAGUGCUAAGAUUAUUUUGCUCAUUAUUUUUCAAAAUUUUGUUUGAUGAGACAUUUUGAUUCCAAUAUGAAUUUUAUCUCUAACAGAAUGGAUCACGACUACAUAGCAAAGGGCCACUUUUUUCAUAAAGGACGAAUGAAAGUGACAGUCUUUAAAAUUUACAGAGUAGGUUACCAUGUUUCAUUGUAAAUGAGAUUAGAGUAGGGUGACCAAACGUCCCGUUUUCUCACGAUCGUAAAUGCCCGUUUUUUAAAACCAAACACAUUUUCAAAAAACUAAAAAUUCCUAAUUUAUAAUAUAACUUCAAGUAUUAUUUUGGCUAGCUGUGUAGCCAGUGCCAGUAGUGAUGUGGGCUCGCGUGAUGGCUGCACUGUUCCCCACCACCCCAGUGUCCCUGCCAUAGAUAUUAUAUGUAGAUGUGAAGCGAAAGACACGAGACUUGAAGCAGGGAGGUGGCAAUAGCGCAGAAACCAAUUUUCAUUCCACUAAUUUUAUAUUAUCUUUGCAUGUAGAUAAUAAUUAUGCCCAAGCGUCAAUGUAAUUUUAUGGAGGUCUAUUCCAAAGAGUGGAACUAUAUUAAAAAAGGGACGCUAUGAAAGUGAAGCCGAGUGCACAGUUUGCAAUAAUGUUUUUAGGUGUUGGUAUUCCCCCCCCCGAAAGCCCGUCCUCGAAAGUUUCCCGUUUUUUCCAGUUCAUUAUUCGGUCACCCUAGGCUAGAUAGAGGGAAGUUUUUAUAUUGUUUAAAAAUUUACUGGACGUUCAUUAAUAUAUUUUACCACCAAUUUUUACUCCGCCUUUUUUCAAUUAAAUUUAAACAGCACGGCUAAAAUGUUAUUCUUUUAAGCUAGCAAAGAAACGAAUUUUCAACUAUGCUCAUAAUAUAGCAUACCUGUACCAAUUAUUUGUAACCAUUUCUAUAGCUACAGUUGAUCUUUUUAUUCUUCUGACUGGCAGUGAUGAUUUUUGUGUGUCGUUUGUUGUUGUUGUUGUUAUUCUUGUGUCUUGCAGUUAAUACAACCUGGCAAAACAGAACCACAGAACUGGGAGACAAUCAGCCAGUCACAUCUAGUGGAGCUGAGUGUAGUGGCGCCACUGGGGCAGGAACAGAUUGGAGAGGACAUGAAGAACUUUGCAGAGCAGCUCAAACCGUAUCCUUUAUUUUAA